AUGUAUUUGAUCUGCGGCUCGUCCUGUAUAUUCGCUUCCUCGUUGAUGUACGGCGUUGAAAUGGGGGACUAUCACUUCACUGCCGCCGACGAGCUGCAGUAUAUCACGAAAAACAAUAUGGUCUGCGCCAUGGCCGCGCUAUAUCCUUUGGGUGUCACGAUAACGUGCGCUUUCACGGCCGGUAAUGCCGGGAUGAUUUUUCUCAUCGUCCACUCCUACAUGGUCAUCAUCAACCACCAAAACAUGCAUAAGAAAGUGCGGGAACUUUCGUUGGCAUUGCUAUUUUCUAUGAGCACUCAGUUCGCCAUCUUCGCCGGGCUGACCUACCUUCCAUUCCUAACGAUCAUAAUCUUUUACUAUGACCCGAUUUUCCCGAAAGCUUGGCAACUCUCGCAGCUCGUCUUCAGUGCUCAAUGCGUCACUUGCUCAAUUAUCACCAUAGCCAGCAGUAGAGUCUAUACAAAAUUCACGAAACAGCUAUUUUUUCGUGGAAGUGGGUCAACCACACCACCGACGAUGGUGUCGGCCAUGGACUUCCGGCAUCAAAUAAUGAAGCUCCCAAAUUCGAGACGAUCCUCAUUAUUUGGGAAACAAAAAUUUAUACCGCAAUCUUCCUCGUUU